CGUUUCAUCUGUCCUGUGUGGCAGUGCCAAAAUUUCUUAGGAAGUGAUCCCGCUACCGACUUCCGCGGUACUGGAAUACUGGGAUUGAUGCAGCUUUACUCAAUGGCGACAAACAUGCCUGAAAGUACACUCAGAGAAAUUGUACACUUGUCGAGGACAGAGCCUUAUGACUUUCCACUGGCUGUUGUAGGAAUAAAUAUUACUGCGCUUCUCGUCAGCAAACUUCGAAACGGAGCUCUGCUUGAGUCCGCGAUAACUUGCGGUAGUUACCUUAAGGCAAUAAACAAGUUGCAUGAAGGCUGUAUCCUUGUCUUCUGUAAGCAGUGGACGGAGCAAAAGUGCACAGUAAAAGACUGUCAACCCCUACUAAAUAGUAGGUUUACAGUUCUCUUCAACCCAGCACUUUCCAGACAUUACUAUUGCAAAACCUUGUACUACAUUCAGGAAUCAGUUAUCUGCUUCGACACUCACAAAAAGCCUUGUUAG